AUGGAGGAGCCGAACUUGGCUGCCACCAGUGAACGUGUGCGUGAAGGUGACGAGAAUGUGGAGCGAGGUAACUGGUCCUCGAAGAUCGACUACUUGCUCUCAGUGAUCGGUUCUGCUGUGGGUUUGGGCAAUGUAUGGAGAUUCCCGUACCUGGCCUACAGAAAUGGAGGAGGUAUUGUCAUGAAAUCCAAAAUACAGGGGAGAAACAAGCACAAAGACAACAAUAAAGUGGCUUUACGCCGUACAAGUUCAAUCGAUGAGACUGGGGAGAUCGUCUGGUAUUUAGCCCUCUGUCUGUUUCUGGCCUGGCUAAUAAUUGGGGCGGUGUUAUCAAAAGGAAUCAAAUCUUCAGGAAAGAGUGCUGCCAAUCCAGCAGUGAACAGAAAUGAUGAAAAUGUGAAGAGAGGUAACUGGUCCUCGAAGACUGACUAUUUGCUCUCGAUGAUUGGCUGUGCUGUGGGUCUAGGCAAUGUCUGGAGAUUCCCUUACCUGGCUUACAAAAAUGGAGGAGGUGUAUUUCUUAUUCCCUACUCAAUCAUGCUGGGUCUUGUUGGGAUACCAAUAUUUUUCUUGGAAUCUUCCUUUGGACAGUUUGCCAGCCUCGGGCCUGUUGCAGUGUGGAAAUCUGUACCAAUGUUACAAGGUGUUGGAGUCACCAUGGUCCUUCUGAUCAUAAUUGCCAACAUUUCCUAUGCCUGCAUUAUUGGUUACAGUCUGUACUACCUGUUUGCUUCCUUCCAAUCACCCCUAGAUAUGCUAUUGAGUGUCAUAGGAUGCAUCUUCAUGAAAUGGGAACCUUCACUGUUGAUUGAGCAAUACUGGGAUCAAGCAGUUUUACACCGUACAAGUUCAUUGGAUGAGACUGGGGAGAUAGUCUGGCAUUUAGCCCUCUGUCUGCUUCUAGCCUGGCUGAUGGUUGGGACAGCACUUUUGAAAGGAAUCAAAUCUUCAGGAAAGGUUGUUUAUUUCACUGCAAUUAUCCCGUAUGUGGUUCUGACAAUACUCCUGAUCCGAGGGGUUACCCUGGAGGGAGCCUCUAAAGGAAUUGAAUUCUACAUCGGAAGCCAGUCAGACUUCUCCAAACUGGCUGAUGCUCAGGUCUGGAAAGAUGCUGCAACACAAAUUUUCUACUCGACAUCAGUGGGUUGGGGCAGUUUAAUCACAUUGUCAUCCUACAACAAAUUCCACAACAACUGUUACCAAGAUACCAUCAUUGUCUGUGUUGUUAAUUGUGCUACGAGUGUGUUUGCGGGAUUUAUCAUCUUCUCCACUCUUGGACACAUGGCUCAUGUGCAAAACAAGCCCGUUUCAGAGGUUGCACGGUCAGGGUUUGGUUUGGCCUUUAUUGCCUACCCAGAGGCCCUUGCACAGUUGCCAUGGGCAACUUUAUGGUCCAUUUUAUUUUUCUUCAUGCUGCUCACUUUGCGACUUGACACACUGUUUGCAAGUUUUGGAAGAGGUGCCAUCCUUAGCAAGAGUAUCCGAUUGACCAGCCAUUCCACCAGUGUCAGCAGUGCCACAAGCUCAGUGGUGGGCACUGCUGGUACUGCAGGCAAGGCCACAUGUGGGACCAAGGAAGCUAUAAAUCCUGGAUAUUGGAUCGAGGAAGGAUACCGCCAAUGA